AUGUCGAGACUCCAGGAAUCCAUCACCAUCAUCAACAACUCGGGCAAGAUUAUCAGCACCGGGAAACAACUAUUUGGCAUUUUCAAAGAAGCCAAAGCAUGCUAUCACGAAAAGAAGGCCGCCAUUCAUCAAGAGCGCUCGCUCCAACGCAGCCAGACAUUUGAUGUCAGCCAACAAGCGUCUUUUCACUACCAGGAGGCUCAGUACUAUGAGCAGUACGACUAUGGGGAGAACCCUUACUACGCCGGCGACGAUGGCCGCUCCUACGUCUCUCAUCGGAGCCAUCGCUCCCACCGCUCCAGCGCCUCCUCGCGCCGCUACGGUCCCUCCGCCUCACGCGGCAGGCCAGCCCUGACCGAAGCUAACCUCCGCACCCACUCGGAAGUCUCAGCCACUCCGCCCUCGGCGCCUCCGCAAAAUUACCGAUCCCCUUACGCCGAGACCGCUCCGCGAGACAUGACCGUUUCGAGACCGACUCUCGUGCGCCCGCCGACCGAGUACUACCCCCCCGCGCCAGCCUACGCAGAACCACCCGUUCCCCCGCCAAACUAUGCAGCUCCCGGCAUUCCGCGCUCCGUCUCGGAUCCGGCCCUCCUCGGGAAGAAGAAGAAGAAGAAGUCCAUCGACAUGAACCUAGCCUACGGAGACAUCCCUCCCGACUUGGAAAGCCGUACCGAUCUCGACCCUGAAAACCCGGAUACCCAACACGCCAAAACCCUAAUCGGCAGGGUCGAGAAUCUGCUCGACGAAGCCCAGUGCGUGCAGCACUCGGCAUCGGGCAUCAUCACCCACCUCCAGCGGAACCCCGAUGCCGCCGCCGCCGUGGCCCUCACGCUCGCCGAGCUAUCAACGCUGCUCACGAAGAUGAGCCCCGGAUUCCUCUCCAUUGUCCAGGGUGGCUCACCCGCCGUUUUCGCCCUCCUCGCGAGCCCGCAGUUCCUCAUCGCCGCGGGCGCCGCCGUCGGAGUCACCGUGGUCAUGUUCGGCGGAUGGAAGAUUAUCAAGCGCAUGAAGGAGACCAAGGAGAACGAGGCCAUGCAGAGAGAGGCACUCGCUUUCCAGGCUGCGCAGGUUCCCAUGCAUCCGCCGCCGCCGCCGCCCAUGAUGGAGCAGCAGCAGCAGGUCAUCUACGACGAUAUGCCGGGACCGGAGUAUUACCCGCAGGAAAUGCAACUUCACCCCAUUGCUGGCGAUGGCAUCGACGAGGCCCUCGUCAUCGAGCAGGAACUUAGCGGUAUCGAAUCGUGGAGGAGAGGAAUCGUGCCUUUCGGAGAAGACGAGAGCGCCGACCUCGAGCUCAUCAGCCCCGAGGCCCAACGCGCCAUUAAGAGGAGUCACAAGGACCGCCGGCGUCGCCACUCGGACGGCGAGUACGACGACGGCGACGACGUCUCGCGCAGCGGGCGCAGCGACAGGUCGCAUCGGAGCCACAGGUCCCACCGAUCGAGUCGGACGCACACUACUACGCACCGUAGCUCUCGGGACGUCGACAUCCCCGAUCGCAAGAGCAGCAGGAACGGCACGACCGUUGUCGGCGGCGACGACGGGUACAGCGAGGCCGGGAGUGAGAGGAGUAGGAGGAGCACGCGGUCGAGGAGGACGAUGAAGACGAUUGAGGCGAAGAAGGACGAUGAUGAGAAUAGUUUGGAUUUGGUGCUGAGGCCGAAGGAGAAGAAGGGGACGAAUAUGCUGAAGCAGCUGUUUAAGAAGAAGAAGGAUAAGGAGGAGAGUAGUCGGAGGGCGGUGAGCGUUAUGGUUUGA